UCCCCGGCGCGCGCCCGCCCGCCCGCUCGCCCCCGGCCCCAGCUCCUCCUCCUCUCCUCGCCAUUGCAGUUGGAUUCGGCCGCCCAGCGCUGUCCCGCGUGGCUUUUGAGGGGAAGACCCCCGGCGGGCUGUGACAGGAGGGCGGUGACGGCGGCUGCGGUUGGGGAAGGGGGUCGCCGACAAGAUAGUUGAAGUAUUGAUAACACCAAGGAAAUCUGUCACAAUUUGAAAAGAUAAGCAAAAGUGAUUUCCGGACACUACAGAAAGAGAAGCAAAAAUGGCCUUGUAUCAUCACUUCAUCACGAGGAGAAGAAGGCGUCCAAUGCGAAUUUUUGUGAAUGACGAUCGCCAUGUAAUGGCAAAGCAUUCUUCGGUUUAUCCGACACAAGAGGAGCUGGAGGCAGUGCAGAACAUGGUGUCCCAUACUGAGCGGGCGCUCAAAGCGGUGUCUGACUGGAUCGAUGAGCAGGAGAAGGGCAGCGGCGAGCCCGCCGAGUCUGACAACAUGGACACAGCUCCGGACGAUGAGAACAAAGAAGGGGCUGGGGAACAGAAAGCAGAACACAUGACCAGGACCCUCCGGGGUGUGAUGCGGGUUGGUCUGGUGGCCAAGGGCCUUCUGCUAAAGGGAGACUUGGAUCUGGAGCUGGUACUGCUCUGUAAGGAGAAGCCUACAACUGCCCUCCUGGACAAGGUAGCAGACAACCUGGCCAUCCAGCUCGCUACUGUAACAGAAGACAAGUAUGAAAUUCUCCAAUCUGUGGAUGAUGCUGCCAUUGUGAUAAAAAACACAAAAGAACCUCCAUUGUCCCUGACCAUCCACCUGACAUCCCCUGUUGUCAGAGAAGAAAUGGAAAAAGUAUUAGCUGGAGAAACGCUAUCAGUCAACGAUCCCCCGGAUGUUCUGGACAGGCAGAAAUGCCUUGCUGCCUUGGCGUCCCUCCGACACGCCAAGUGGUUCCAGGCCAGAGCCAACGGGCUGAAGUCCUGUGUCAUUGUCAUCCGGGUCCUGAGGGACCUGUGUACCCGUGUACCCACCUGGGGACCCCUUAGAGGAUGGCCCCUGGAGUUGCUGUGUGAGAAAUCCAUCGGCACGGCCAACAGGCCCAUGGGUGCUGGCGAGGCCCUGCGGAGAGUGCUGGAGUGCCUGGCUUCGGGCAUCGUGAUGCCAGAUGGUUCUGGCAUUUAUGACCCUUGUGAAAAAGAAGCCACUGAUGCUAUUGGGCAUCUAGACAGACAGCAACGGGAAGAUAUCACACAGAGUGCGCAGCACGCUCUGCGGCUCGCUGCGUUCGGCCAGCUCCAUAAAGUGCUGGGCAUGGACCCCCUGCCCUCCAAGAUGCCCAAGAAACCAAAGAACGAGAACCCAGUGGACUACACCGUUCAAAUCCCGCCCAGCACCACGUACGCCAUUACACCGAUGAAACGCCCCAUGGAGGAGGACGGGGACGAGAAGUCCCCAAGCAAGAAGAAGAAGAAGAUCCAGAAGAAAGAGGAGAAGACCGAGCCUCCCCAAGCCAUGAACGCCCUGAUGAGGCUGAACCAGCUGAAGCCGGGGCUGCAGUACAAGCUGAUCUCCCAGACGGGGCCUGUGCACGCCCCCAUCUUCACCAUGUCUGUGGAGGUGGACGGCAGUUUGUUUGAGGCCUCGGGGCCAUCUAAAAAGACUGCCAAGCUGCACGUGGCCGUGAAGGUGCUACAGGACAUGGGCUUGCCAACAGGUGCUGAAGGCAGAGACUCCAGCAAGGGGGAAGACUCUGCCGAGGAGACCGAGGCAAAGCCCGCCGUGGUGGCGCCGCCCCCCGUGAUGGAAACAUCCUCGAACCCCAAUGCUGCCUUCCCCGCCGACGCCACUGCCGAGAACGUAAAACAGCAGGGGCCGAUCUUGACGAAGCACGGCAAGAACCCCGUCAUGGAGCUCAACGAGAAGCGCCGCGGCCUGAAGUACGAACUCAUCUCCGAGACAGGCGGCAGCCACGACAAGCGUUUCGUCAUGGAGGUUGAGGUAGACGGCCAGAAGUUCCAAGGUGCUGGCUCGAACAAGAAGGUAGCAAAGGCUUAUGCUGCUCUGGCCGCGCUCGAAAAGCUUUUCCCCGACGCCCCCCUCUCCCUGGAUGCCAACAAAAAGAAGAGAACCCCCGUUCCUGUCAGAGGUGGACCCAAGUUUGCCACCAAGCCCCACAGCCCUGGCUUUGGCAUGGGGGGACCCAUGCACAACGAAGUGCCCCCACCCCCCAAUCUCCGAGGCCGGGGUCGAGGAGGUAACAUCCGCGGGCGAGGCCGGGGACGAGGAUUCGGCGGUGCCAACCACGGAGGCUACAUGAACGCGGGGGCCGGCUACGGCAGCUACGGCUACGGCAGCAACUCGGCGACGGCAGGCUACAGUGACUUUUUCACAGACUGCUACGGCUAUCAUGAUUUUGGGUCUUCCUAGAGCGUCUAAAAGUAUUGCACACAAAAUCAACUUUUUACUCCAAUUUCUUCCAACUCCAAAACCCAAAGUGUCCGUGCUGUGUCCCUGUGCUCCACUGGGUUUCUCAACCGUGGCUUUCCACCGCAGCUUGUCUGAAACUCUUAGCCUGCAGAAUUUAAGACAAUGGCAGUUCUUAUCGUGAUUUGCCUUUGAACCUUGGUCAUUUUGAAGUUCACACUAAGUGGAGAACACUUUCCCAGAGAAUGUAUCUCUGUGCACGCUUGCACGGAACUUUAGAGCCAGUGCUGUUGAGCAUCGAGGCAAAAGCCCACCCGUGCUUUAUCUAGAAAGCAUUCCUUUAUUCAAAGAGACAGACAGUGACACAUUUUAAUCUACCUUUGUCUUAAUUUGCAGCAGGUUUUGUAUGAAUUUUUAAUCUCCUAACCGAUCCCCAAACCUGGUUGAUGCCUUUGACAGUGAUGAAAACCACGUCACCACACUGAUCCAAAGGCCGGCGACUUUUUUUCUUUGUAUCCCGCCUGUACCGUGCUGGGAAGGCGCCCUGGGAAUGGUGCCCUGGGCGGAGGCCAUGCCCGCCUGUUUAAAGGCUCUGGUGGGCUGCUUGUUGGUCGGGUGCAGUAUUUUGUGGCUGGUUUGGCUAGAGUGGACUCUCAAAGGUAUCAAAACUGUGCUUCCAUCACCUGUGCGAGAGACAGACGAGCUUCAAGGGGUUAGAGAAUGUGAAAUUUUGCAAGUCCUGGUCACAGCUGCAAACGCAAGGGAUUCUGGAUGUUUGACUUUUGACUCUUUAACGGGGCUUUAAAAAACAAAACAAAAAGAUCACGCAGUAGAAGCCUAGUACAUCCCUGACUUCCCAGCGGCGAGCCGGCUUUGGGUCCCCCAGGGCCUGGCAGCCCUUCCUCGCUGCCUCCCUCACCAGGUUUGGGUUGUCUGGUGGGCGCUUCGGUGGAUACGGUGGCUUCGGUUAUUUUAGCUGCCCAGCCUGCCUCUGUCUUGACUUGCAAGAUUUUGCAUUCAUUCAGGCAAAACUGGUCAAAAAUGGUUACCAUGUGUGAUUUGUUCCCAAGGUUUGAAACAUUCAGUGAGACUUUUUAAAACUUGGAUUGCAUGAUGUAUUUUUUUUUUUAGAAAGUUAUUGUUUGAGUAUAUGUCUUUUUAUACCAGGAAAUAGUUAUCCUGAAUGACGUUGAAACUCCCUCCUCCCCUUUAUUUUUUUUUUGGAAUCAAUACAUGUUAAAGUAAUGAGCCCUC